UCCCUGCUCACCUCCUCCCCCCUGCUCCUCCUCCUCCCUCCGCUGUAACACGGAACAAGGAAGUUCAACACCUGCUGCUUUCGCCUUUAAUUACAUUCCACUCAUUCGUUUUUCUACAUUUCUUUGUGAAUUCAGAACAUAAUGGCAAACGAGGGGGAAGGAGUUCCUGUGGAGAAGGAGCAGAAACCGGUCAGCGCCUCCUCCAGCGGGGCAGGGAGCUGUCAGCAGGCCGAUGGAGGAGUGAAGGACAGCGGGGAGCAGAGGACGGAAGCCGGGGAGGACCGCUUCCAGCUCGGUAGCCUGUCGGUGGAUAACUGCCUGCAGCAGUUCAAAAUAAGGAAGUUCUUUGUCCUCAGGCCCGGCACUCUCAAUCAGGCCAUCAAAGACGUUGAAGCUCUGGUGAAAAAAGAGGAAGACGGCAACGUUCACGGCGUCUGGCUGAUGGCAGAGGUUGAUCACUGGAACAAUGAAAAGGAGCGCCUCGUCAUCAUCACAGACAAAACCCUUCUGAUCUUCAAGUAUGACUUCGUCCUGCUUUGCUGUGAGCAGAUCCAGAGGAUCCAGCUGAACUUUAUCGACCGAAUCUCCCACGGUACCUUCAGUUUCCCAAAGCACUCGCUACUCAAGAGAGAUGGGGAGGGGGUGCGUGUCUUCUGGGACCGGCUGAGGGAACCCUCCUUUACCUCCAGGUGGAACCCCUUCGCCAAUGACUUUCCCUUCAGCACUUUCACCUACCAUCCUGUGAGGAACAUUAACGACACCUUCGCUGCUCUCUGCGACAUCCAGGUGUUUUCUGAGAAGCUCAAGGCUGCGGCGGAGAGAGCGCACGCCAAAAACCCAGUUCCUGGGAAAGCCAACGGAGUCCUGGUCCUUCAGCAGCCGAUCUACAUCGAGGCGUACGUGGGCGCCAUGGCCUUUCUUGGAAACCAGAACAAACUGGGUUAUUGCAUGGCCCGAGGAAACCUUGGCUUUUAAGCAUUUGAGUUUAUUUGUGAUGUUUAAUCCAGUUUUUAAAACCAUGAACCUGCUUUAGAUGUUUUCAGCAGGUCAGUAGAAAUCUCACUGAAGGGGAUUGUUUCUUUUUACUUAUUCCUUAAUAUGUAGUUCUUACCGCUGGUGUGUGGUAAUGAGAAAUAUCCAGAUUCCACCCCCCUCAUAUGGUAAUUCAACCCCCUCGCAACGAGACUCUUUUCUUCCUCCCUCUGUAUUUAUGUUAGGAGCUGAUUCCCCAUUCCAUUCCGCCCCUUAGAGAUUCACUGGAGCAUAGGGGCUCAUUUGUCAGCUUAGUUUUUAUCACUCUGUGUAUUUUUACAGUGCAUACAGUUGAGGAAUUUUCCCCCUGAUUUGUGUCUCUGCAGCUUUUUUUUUUUUCUGAAUGUUUUGGGCCCGGUGAGUUGUUCCCACUGGCGUCAUAAUAAACUGUUUCCUACUUUUGGUUUCUUCUAAGACUUGGCAGCUUGUGAAUUUUUAUUUUUUUAUGUCAAAUAUUUUAAAACUGGUUAACGGCUACUGUACCUUAACAUGAAAGCAUACAUUUAUCUAUGUCUGCAUGAGAAGGAAAGCUGCUAAAAAUGUCUCUAAAUGACUAAUGAAUGAUUUUAAGAGGUGUUUAUGAAGAUUUUACUGAAUACAAAUUUUGUCUGGCUGAUUAUCAUCCGUUGGUCGGUAAACUUGGCCAAAGCUGAAAAUAUUUUCUUGAUUUUGUAAGUAUUUUUAAUCUUAAUCAAUUUGUAUGACUAAAUAAUCUUAAUUUUAAUCUAUUUGUACUUCUGAAUACUAUAAGGUUCUAUUAAAACUGAAUGUGAACUGCUAUGACUGGAAAUAUAUGUGAUUAAAUUGUUU